AUGGCUCAGGCAAUCGGUGUCUCGAAGAUUCCUGUCAGAGAAGCCCUCAGCCGACUUGAAUCUGAAGGCUUGGUGGUACUCACUCCCAACGCCGGCGCUACCGUGGCAAUACUUACGAUUGGCGAUUACAUUGAGAUGCUGGACAUGCGCCUGGCUCUGGAGUGUCGUGCCUUGGAAUUGGCAGUCCCAAACAUGGCCUCCUCCGACUUCACGAAGGCACGCCAUCUUCUGGCAGCGUACGACCAAGCCAUGACUCAGGAAGACUGGAGUGACCUCAAUAUGAGCUUUCACGCCUGCCUUUAUGCACCCGCUAAUCGUCCCCGCCUGGUCGCCAUGAUUCGCUCGGUGCAAGACCACAUGGGCCGCAUGCUGCGCCUGAGGGUUUCCGGUGUUGCGGGUCAUGGGCGUUCUCACCAAGAACAUAUCGACAUCCUCGAAGCUUGCGAACAGGGCGGUACUGCUAAAGCGGUGGCACUGUUGCGCAAGCACAUUGAGCAGACCCAGCGCGAGGUGCAGGGCUCAUUUCGUCACGCCAUACGGGAGAACGUUGUC